GUCGGGCGCGGGGAGAACCUGCGCCUUCCGAGGCCGCUGGCCGCGAGGGCCGGUGAGAGGACGACGGUGGCCCGCGCCCAGCAGGGCCUCUGCGGCCCCGGCGGAGAACCAGCUGAGGCCGGGGCGAGGGUGCGGUUUAGCCACCGCAGGUCGCCCAGCUGGAGCCGAGUGCUUCUUGGAGCACUGCGUUAGCGGGGCUUCUGAGACCAGGAAGGAACGUGGUCCAGCGGGCCUCAGCCUGACCCCGGCUUCAGGCUCGGCUGCAUCGGGUCUGAUCUGACGGUGUGUACUCAAAUUUGGGAUAACAAAUGUGAAAAUCAUUUACCAAAUAAUUUUUGAGUGCCUGCAGUAAAGUAUACAACAAUGCUGUAGGCCGCUCCUGAGAAACGCGUCUUAGUGUUGAGCUGAGUACUUCGGACAAAACUAGACAUGACCUUGUGAAAAGAAAAUGCCUUCUGAUUUCAAAAUCCUGGAUAAACAGAGGCGACUCUGCUGGUCUGUCACUCAGGGAGGAGGAAGGAAGGUGCCAGAGGUCCUGUCCCCCAUCACCUUCACUGUCUUUGCCUUUGUAGGCCCAGCCUCUUAGAAGGGUCUAGUACCCAGCGUGCACUUACAGCUCAACACAAGAAAAUCAGCAGCGCUUCUUAAAUGGGUGAAAUACUUGAAAAAACAUUUCUCCAUUAAGAUUUACAAGUGGAAGCUGGAUGCAGUGCUGCGCUCCUGGAAAUUCCACUGCUCUCAGGAGGCUGAGGCUGGAGGAUGGCAAGUUCAAGGCCAGCGUGGGCAACUUAAUGAGAUCCUGUCUCAAGAAUUGAAAAUUCACAAAAGAGGCCUUGAAACUGAACGCAGAGAGUCUGUCAAGCUGUUCCAGCUUCCCUCCGAGUCCUGGGACGCCGCCAGCUGCUUCUGGGCUCAGCGCCUGCUGCCCUGGAGCCCCUCUCAGGGCACUCUCCAGGGGUGGUGCAGUGCGGGGGCCAGGAGGCUGGUUUCCUGAGGUCCCCCUGUACUCGGUAUGCGCCCACAGCACCAUGGCUCACGAUAACCAAUCUUACCCCAGCACCACAGAUGAUGACUUGUGAUGGCCUGCAGGGUAAUAAACAAAAGACGACAUGUGGGACUUCAACAACUGUCCUCAUUUGCAGAAACAGGAAGAACGUUCCUGGGCCCAGUGAAAUCAUCCAAAUUUGUUACAGGUGGGGACUGUCAUGAAAGUGUGUUGAUCAGCUCAACAGUAAGACUCCUUGAAAGUUUGGAUUUGACCAGCACAGUGGGGCAGCUUCUCCAUGAGGCAGUUCAAGCACAAAACAACACCUAUAGGACUGGCACCAGCACUCUCUUGUUUCUCGUCGGUGCGUGGAGCAGGGCUGCUGAAGAGUGCCUCCAUCUGGGUGUUCCUGUUUCCAUAAUCGCUGCAGUGAUGUCAGAAGGCUUGGACUCUUGCAGGGAAGAGGUAGCUUUCCUUCAAGUCCCAGUCCACAACGUAUUUGACUAUGUGCACAACUCAAGGACCAUUUCUGGACUUGAAACACCUCAUGUUGGUUCCUGUCCUUUCCUACAAGCCCCUUCAGGUGCUGGUGGGAUACCCAAAGAGCAUGAUUUCAAACAUGCUGCCUCUCAACUAUUGACCGUUUACAGUCUUUCUGGGAGACCUGUUAAACUGCCAGAAUUCUUCAACCUUCCAGUAAAGGUCGAAGCAGGUAAAGAGGCAUCACAAGGUCUGAAGAGCAGUCUGCACACAGACACCUGCUCUAGAAAGUCAGUACUGAUCCACAGUAGGCAUUUUAACAGGACCGAUAACAGUCUCUGGAUAAGCAAACCAGAUGGGUUUCUAGAACAGUACAGCGCAGCGACUCCCAAAACUUACAGAUGUUGUGAUUUGGUAGAGUUGGCAGUGGGUUUGAGCCAUGGAGAUCUUGGCACCAUGAAGUUGGUAGAAGCAGCAGUACAACUGCAGUAUCAGAAGGCAUGUGUGCAACAAGGCAACUGUACAGUGCCAUUUAUGUUUGAUGUUUCUAGAGUCUUCACUUGCUGUCUCCCAGGCUUGCCCGAAAAUUUGUCUUGUGUUUGUUCAGGGUAUGUCACUGUUGUACCAAUAGCUAGUGUAACCCUGAUCAAGGGAUUAGAGAAUCAGCCUCUCCGGGUAGUUCUCAUUGAGGGUGACCUUGUAGAGAGUUACCACCACCUGGGAUUUAAUGAGUCCACCAAUACUAAAACAGUACUAGAUAGCAUGGAACUUCAAGGAGACAGCUCAGAAGAACUGUGGACGAAUUAUGUAUUACAGGUGUUGACCCAGUUCAACGUGAACCUCAUCCUGGUGCAGGGAAAUGUAUCUGAAUCCUUGACUGAAAAGUGCAGGCACAGUAAGCGGCUGGUGGUGGGAUCUGUGGGCAGCAGCGUGAUGCAGGCUUUCGCUGAGGCUGUGGGAGCAGUGCCAGUGACCUACGUUUCCCAAGUGAAUGCAGACUGUGUGGGCAGUGGCGUCUCCGUGACCUUCUGGAGAACUCCCUUGGAGGUUGUAGGCAGGAGCAGCGGAAUGCCAAUCUUGUUAAAAACAGAAGGAAUUAAUCUGAUCACAGCGGUGCUCACUCACUCAGUCCCUGCACAGAUGCAAGCCAAAGAAGACAGGUUCUGGACCUGUGCAUAUCGUUUGCAUUAUGCUCUAGAAGAGGAAAAGGUCUUCCUUGGAGGUGGAGCAGUUGAAUUUUUGUGUCUGAGUCAUCUUCAAAUUCUUGCUGAGCAGUCUCUGAACAAAGGCGACCACCCCAGUCUGGGGUGGCUUCCUAACACUUCCUGCUGGCUGGCCUCCUCCCUGCCAGCAUACAGGCCAGCUGUGCUUAAAUGCCUGGCAGGCGGGUGGCACAGAUACCUCUCGGCACUCAUGUGUAACUCAGCCACUUGCCCAUCAGAGCUUGCAGCCCGCACGUUCAUCGAGCAUCAUGUACAAAAUGCUACAGCCUCUGGCUCACCGUUGGCUUACAUUUUAAAUGAAUAUAGUAAACUAAAUAGUGGAAUUUUUAAUGCAGAUUUUUCAGAUAAACUGGAGCAGGUUCCAAGAGUUUAUGACAUUGUCACACCAAAGAUGGAGGCAUGGCGCCGAGCUCUGGAUUUGGUAUUGUUGGUACUUAAGACAGACAGUGAAAUUAUCACUGGACUUGGACAUGCCCCACAGAUGAACUCACAGGAAGUAGGGGGGCUUUUGUUUUUAUAGCGUUAUUGGAUAAGUCUUUGGAAAAUGAUCUUUUGUAAUAUACCAUGCAAAUAAUAAAUUUGUUAAUAAUCAA